ACGUAGCCAUAACAAACUGAGGCGGACAGACGGAGCAACACGUGUGACCUAAGUCCAACAAAAUGGGUAAAAAGGCUAAAUCAGGGAAGCAGCGUAAAGAUUCCUAUUACCACAAAGCGAAAAUAGCAGGUUUUCGUGCUCGUUCUGCCUACAAAUUGAUCCAGCUAAACAACAAAUAUGAAUUUCUCCAAAAAUCACGUGUCUGUAUUGAUUUGUGCGCCGCCCCAGGAUCAUGGAUGCAAGUUGCAAAGAAAUACAUGCCUGUAUCCUCGAUUAUUGUUGGUGUCGAUCUGUUUCCCAUCAGGCCCAUACCAGGGACUCUCUCUAUAGUGGGGGACAUAACCACAGAGAAAGUGAGGCAAGAGCUAAAGACCACUUUAAAGACAUGGAAGGCAGAUUUAAUUCUUCACGAUGGUGCUCCAAAUGUUGGUCAGAACUGGUUACAUGAUGCCUACCAACAGAAUCUGCUCGUACUUCAUUCUUUUAAGUUAGCCUGUGAGUUUCUACAGAAAGGUGGUUGCUUUAUGACUAAAGUCUUCCGGUCCAAGGAUUACUUCAACCUUGAGUACGUCUUCAGAAAACUUUUCAAAAAGGUAGAAGCCACAAAACCACAGGCCUCUCGAUAUGAGUCAGCAGAAAUCUUUGUGGUUUGUCAUGGCUACCUAGAUCCUGACAAGAUUGAUCCUCAGUUCUUCUCACCUAAACAUGUUUUCCAAGAGUUGAAUAUGCAACCCAAGGCAAAGCUCAACCUUCUCAAACCAGAAAAGACUAGCAGGAAAGCUGAAGGGUACGCCGAGGGAGCAACCACACUCUACAACCGAGUUCCUGUGUCAAAGUUCAUUCACUCAGCAAGCUUUACUGAAGUUCUGCAAGAAGCAUCAGAGCUUAACUUUGAUGAUGAAACAAUCAGGAACCAUAGAUUAACCACAGACAGCAUAAUAGAGAACUGUAAGGACAUCAAGGUGUUAGGAAGAAAGGACCUGCGGCAGCUCUUGACAUGGAGGAAGAAUGUUAAGGAAGACUUGGAUAAAAUCAAAGAAGAGAAGUUAAAGGCACUGAGUACAGACAAAACAAUAGACGAAAAUGAGGAGGAAAAGGAUGAGGAAGAAGAAGAGAUGACUAAAUUACAGCAGCAGAUUCUAGACAUGAAGACAGAACAAGCUCGUGAAGAGAAACGAACAAGGAAGCGGAAGUUGAAGGAAAAGAAAAAACUUGAGGAGAAACUCCGCCUGCAGUCUCUUAUUCCUGAGGAUUCUGGCCCAACAGAAAAUACUCAGUCUGGACUGUUUAGUUUACAAAAAUUGUCUCAGGUGCAGGACUUGAGCACUGUGGUAGACCAAGAUGUGGACAUGGUUCUCUCUGAGAGUGAGAGUGAGGAAGAAGUGGAGGGGCCAAUACCAAGUUCACUAAGGAAGGUGGACGUCUUGAUAAGUCAGGCAGAUUCUACAGGCAAGAAGGACAAGGAAAAUGGUAUGGAUGACUCUGAUGAUUCUGAUGAGGAAGCAGAAGGUUUAGGCUUUAAGGAAAAGGAGCUGAUGUCGCUUGAACCAGCAGACUCUGAUGUUGAAGAUGAAAUUGAUGCUGUAAAUCCAUUAUUAACUGACUUGGUUGGAGACUCACAAGAAGAAAGAAGAGCUAGGAAAGCAGAAAAUUGGUAUAAUCAGGAUGUGUUCAAGAACCUUGAGACAGAGGCUGAUGAAGACUAUGAGUUGGAUACAGCCAUCCGGAAGUUUGAGGAAAGUGGUGGAAAAUUACUCAGAAAGGAGUCCAAAAAGGCUAAAAAGAAAACCAAGCUGGAGGACAAUGAGUCGGGCUACACCAGUGAUCACUCUGAUGUAGAAGAAGCUCGGGAUGCUCCUGACUCUGACUCCGACUCAGACACAGAUUCUGAUGAAGAACCAAAAUCCACUGGCCCACAGCUGGCAGGAGGGGCUAUUGGUAAUGGUGAUUUGUUCUUCAAACAAAAAUGGAUAGGAAGAAAAAGAGAAAAGGAUGGACUAGACCCUGUGGGUCUUGCUCUUGCAUCCAAAAUGCUCCAUUCCAAAAAAGUGAAAAGAGAUCUCAUGGAUUCUGGUUGGAAUCGAUAUAUGUUUGGAGAUGGAGAUGAUCUCCCAGAAUGGUUACACGUGAUGAAAAGGCAUACAACACACGGUAAUUCAGUUAUAAGUAUUGUAGACCUCAUAAUUAAAGCAUUUAACCUGCAGGAGGACUUGAGAAUGUAUCGUGACCGGUCGAAGGAUGUCAAUGCCCAGACAAUAAAGAAGGUGGUUGAGGCAAAGGCUGUAAGCAGCGGCGUGUGAAGCCGAAUGGAAAGAGCACGGAAGACAGCAGAAAAUGUGACAAACAAUGCUGAUAUGUCAGAGAGAGAAAAGGCACAGGAAGUGAAGAAGUUGUACAAGAAGGCCUUGACACCAUUGAAGAAGAAAGAAACAACUUACGUUGUGAUGAAGAAGAGGCAUGGUGGAAAGAAGCCAAAAGGAACAAAGGGUCCUUACAAACUGGUUGACAAGAGAAUGAAAAAGGAUGCAAGAGCAAUGAAGAAGUCUGAUGCUAGAAAAAAGAAAAUGGGGAAAGGAAGAUCCAAUUCUAACAAUAAAGGAAAAGGAAAACCCAGAACAAAUAGAAGAGGAAAAUAAAGUGUGUAAUAGAUUUUAGAUUGAUAUAUUUUUAUUUGUUUAAUAUUAUAUUUGCAGUAUAUAGGCUACACUUCAGUUAUGAAAUGGCAUGCAGGUACUUUAUAGUACCAAGACACAGAAAAACAAUAAGUGAAAGAUUCUUUAUUGCUCUUAAUUCAGGGAUUCCUUCACUGUACUGGGAAAGGACUUACAAGUGGAAAUCUAUAUACUAUUUGAAUGUUACAUGUUUUGAGUGAGCAUCCACCAUAUAUUUUUAUUAUUCCAGGUAGUUACUGGAAGUUUUGGUGGAACUGUAUAUGAAAUUACCUUCAGAGAAAGUGAGUCCCAGAUACAGUUUGUUAAGUACUGUAUUUCAUGUAGGGGACGAUGAAUUAAAGCGAGAUUUCGAAUAAUAAAGUUGAUAUAUUA